UUCCCUUUUUCGAUUGGGGGCAAAGACCACACUAAACCGGCAACAAAUUGGGCGCUCGAGGUCUGUCUGGAUCUAAUCAUGGCGAUCCCCGGAGCGACGACGCCGGCGUUGGCCUCUGGAUCGACGGGGGCGACAACCGAUUCAGCGGUGCGCGAGGUGGCGUACGUUUUGGGCGCCGCCGGUCCGGCCGUGGCCGAUUCGGUCGUAGGCGUGGACUCGCCAGAGAUGCGGCUGUUGGAUCAGGGCCGGGCGCUUCUGGGCCAGGUUGGCGCCUUGUCUGAUAUCGAGUUCUCCGGUGCGUUCAGUUCUAGGGGCGGAGGUGUGGCGUCGGCAGGCGCCGGCGACGGGGCGCGCACCGUCGACUCAUGCGCAAUUCAGUCCUUCCGACCCGGUGCCCCAACAGCUGCAAACACCACCUUCCGUCCUGCAUUUAUUUUCAAACUGAAUGAUGAACAAAUACAGAAAACGGGUUCAUCAAUGGAUCGAGUGUUCAGUGCAACUUAGUGCCUGGUUCGGGCAUUCGUAGAACCGGAUGUCGGGUUCCGGUUUUUCCGGACACAUACCACCUUAUCCUGGUCCCGGGGCACCUUGGGCACAAGAUCAAUGGCAGCGGUGUUGGAGUUGCCCGGAGACGACGAGCAGACAAGGAGCUCCGGGACAUCUCGGCACAGCGGCGAUGGAUCAGAACAGCAGGAUGCUUCUGCGUGGUGGAAAAGGACGUUGCCACUUGCCAGCGAUCAGUACUGCCGUUCGUCGUGGUGGAA